AUGGAUUCUCCAGGAUAUUGCCUUGGUAGUUUGUGCAUUUCGGUGUACAUGGUUUUUGCAUUUUAUAUUGGUUUGAAGGUUUUUGCACGGUCGGAAUCGCUGCAAGGGUGUGUUAUGGACGUGUCCCCCGAUGGGACUAAGUUUUGGACGCCUUCGUGUGAUGAGGCGGUUAGGCCUUUUGAGGGGCAUACUUUUCCUUCUCUCGCUCACGGUAUUGAUUUUUAUCGUCAAUAUGCGUCUCUCGUUGGUUUUGAUGUACGUUGUAGUUCGUUGCGUAGGAAUAGGGAGGGUGUUGUUGUGAAAGACUUGUUGGUUUGUUCGCGUGAGGGGUUCAAGCAGGCGGUGCAGGGCUCUGUUGUUGUGGAUGCUGCGUUGGAUCAAGCACCUGUGGCUCCGAAGCGCCGGCGUGUUUCAAAUUGGGUGGGUUGCAGAGCGAGAUUGGUGUUGAAGAUGGUUGAUGAUGGGGUUUUUGUGGUGCAUUUCAUUGAGCACCGGCAUAAUCAUUGUUUGUGCUCGGAUGUGGCUAAGCCUUUCUUGCGAGGCAAUCGUUCCAUGGAUGUGCAACAUCAGAUUUUUGUGCUUAAGUGUGCUAGGGCCAACGUUGGGCCCAAUAGGUCGUUUCGUUUGGCUAGGGAGUUUGCUGGGUCGUAUUCAAAUGUUGGUGCGACAUGUGUCGAUUUUAAAAAUUUGAAGCGUGAUUUAAUGGCAUUUAUUGGAACUUCAGAUGCUCAUAUUGUUGUGAAAAAAUAUGCUAAGAAGGAUCAGUUAUGUAGGGCUUUUUGGGCUGAACCUAUUGCGAAGGAAAAUUUUUCAGCUUUUGGAGAGGUGGUGUCGUUUGAUGCAACUUAUGGGACUAAUAGGUAUGGUAUGGUAUUGGUUCCGUUUACUGGUGUUGAUAAUCACAAGAGAGGCGUCACAUUUGCAAUGGGGUUGAUUUCUCGUGAAGAUGUGGACUCUUACGUGUGGCUUCUCUAG